GCAACCAAUAAGCGAAUUGAAGGACAAUUCACUUGGCAUUUGACUGCGAGCAUUUGGCUUCCUAAUUAUCCUUAUCAUAAGAACAAUCGCUUUUAUCAGACUAUUGAUUUACUCAAUAGAAAUCAAGUCAUAAGCAAGUCUCCAGCAAUUGAGUGGAGCCACAGCGUGCUAUAGUCAACACACUCCACAGUUAUAGUUAAGAGGCAACAAAUUCUGAGAGCUCGCCAGAAGGUCACGGACCACACUUAGCGAAGAAUCGUGUGUGCUCAAUUGCUUUUCACUUCAAAAAAAUGCUCCGAGGUUAUUCAGUUUGUCGAGGGAAGGAAGAAUUCCAUGGCACAUGGCAUGCUCAUCUUUAUUCAAAACCGCCCGAACAACCAACGCCACAUUUCAUUGAAGACAUCUUAGGACUGAGAUCCCCAACUGUAUACCAAGACACACCAAAGACUGUUGACAAACAGAAUCGGGAGGAAAUUGCCGAGGUUGAUACGUCCUGCAUUCGGAAAUCAAAGCAAAGAGCUAAAUACAAAUCACGCGGUAUAAAAGGAACUAUUACUGAGAAGAAUAGAGGUAGGCUGUUCUUUAGUUAUGAGCCAGCACAGUUGUAAUUAUUUUAACAGUAGGUGCGUUUAUCAAGGGAUAACACAAACCCUAACACCUAACCAUCAAAUCAUCAUAUUCCACACGCUACUACAGACAAUGCCUUUGAUAUAUGAGUCAAUUAUUAUUUUAGUUACGGCUAUUAAGAAAUUGGCUUGCGUAUUUGACACUUCACAUUUAUAAGUUCAGAUACGACUGUCACUAAAUUAAAAAUAAAAACCCCUUUGUCUACUGAUAGGGUUAUUACUUACUGAUAUUACUAAACUUGCAUGUGUAUGUUAUCUAAUUUGUCAUUUUAGUCAAAGUUAUAUUAGGAAUACGAGGUGGCAAGUUGGCUAGUCACGGUGAUUUUUAAGAUUGGAUUAUACAAGUUGCGCCUAUAGAUCUAUUAUAUUCUAAUGCACCGAGCAUUGUUUAUAUCAUGAUUUGAAAUAUCAGAGGAAGAGAUACUUGCGCUUAACUAUACAAGUCCCAAAAUUUGCGCUAAACAAUUUAAGGUUGUUUUGCGCUAGUAUUAUAUGUAUCUAAAGUUAGAUCUAAUUGCCAUUUGGAUAAGGCUAUUAAGAAAUUGCUUUGUGCAUUUAACACGCUUCUUUAAAUAACUAACCGCAAUCAUCCUAAUGCUGCCUUGCUGAUGUUCUGCUGUUUAGUGUGACAGUAUAACAUUGUAUAUCUAUACUCGAAACAGUGCGACAAUGUUAAAUAAUUUGGGCUAUUUACAAAGGCUUAGGUAUUUAACACUGUGGGUUUUCGGCCGAUCAACAUAAUUGGGCUCGCGCGGAAGCGGAUCUUAUAACUAUAGUAAAGCAAUAUAUUGGCCUGUUUGUUGCCUCGUAUUGAAAAGGCGGAAUAGUAUGGAAGUAUUUACAUCUAUAGUUUUGGCUUCAGAUGUUGUAUAUAUCAAGUGUAGUUGCUAAAGUCUAUUAAGAAAUUACUUAUAGCGCAUUCUAUAGCGCACUGCUAGUUAUAUAUCUCCGCUUCGCACUUAAUAAAAAAAUGAGAAACUGCAUGUAUGCCAUGAUGCAUAUAUAAUAUAUAUAUAUAUAUAUAUAUAUAUAUAUCGAGUGCUUUGGUUUGAUAUAUAAAAUUCCUAAACUAUAUAUACCGCUAAAUCACAUACAUCUUUAGCUUAGUAAAAGUAUAUUGAGAUAUUACUUAACGCAUUUGGGGCACUGCAUGUGUUUAUAGACUAUAGUUUCUCUGCUAGUUCACACAUAUUCAUUUAGCAUAUAUUGAGCAAACUUCAUGCCAUGCCAAGUAUCGAGUAGGUACUGCAUGUCGACUGUUUUCGUUUGCCACGCUAAACUCAGAUCCGAUCAAUGCUUACUGGAUGGAAACUCACAUAAAUAUCGUUUGGCUUAAUGAUACCAUUAUUAGAAAUUGCUUAGCACUUAAUACGUCUUACUGAUUUUUAAUUCUUGCCUCACUUCCUAAGCCUAUUAAAGAGCUAAGAAAUAGUUUUGUAUAUUGAAUAAACUGUAUACCAUGCAGCAUCAACUGCUUUCGUUUGGUGUAUGAAAAGGCCCAAGCUGUGAUAAAAAUUACAUAUAUAUAAAAUGAUAAUUGUUCGGCUUAAUGAUAUACCCAUUAGAAAAUUGCUCGGCAAUUACUGUUUUUUAAUUCACUGCCUCCAAUUCCGUUGGGUGUACAGGAAAAUGCCUAAACUUUUAGUAUCAACCUAGUUAUAACAUCAUUUGGUUUAAUAAAACCAUUAAGGGCUAAGGCAGAAAAUGUAUGUUGUUGUAUAAGAGCUGUGGCUGUUUUUGGUAUAGGCAACUCAGACAGUAUAACACUUAAUGUGUAAAACAUCGCAGUUGGAUGUUUGGUUUCAACAAUUAGUGGUAAAGUGUUAAGUAAACCGACCAAAAUAUACAUACAUUAAACUUCAGCAAUUAAAUCGUUUGUAAUAUAUCUGGUUCUCGCGAUGCCUCAUAUAAGGAUACGGACUAUUGUGAAGACAGUUGAUUAAAAUGAAGAUAAAUAUCAAACAAAGCGGUCAUUUACUGCGCUUUCAUUUUAUUUUAAAUUGUGCUUUCCUCUUAACACUUUCAAUCCUAUAGCCUAUAGUGGACAGUUGCAUGAUAAAUACAAGAGCAAACACAGGAUAAGAAUAUUGGAUUCAAUAUAUUGCGUUGAACUUGCGUUUCUGCUUGCGAUUUGCGAAUUGUUUCCGCAAUUAGAAAGGCUAUAGUAUAUAUAUAGAACUUAGCCCACGAACAUAUAUUCUAAUACCCCAAAAAGGCGUCAGGCUAAGACCUGUUUUGGACGUCGAAUUUCUGUCGAAUUUCAUUUUUUGAAUUUAAUGCUUCGCAGUUCUAUCUGACGGAAUUUCCAAGUUAAUUUCGGUCAAUUAUGCGACGAAUUAACUAAACCCAUCACACACUUUGGACAACGGCACACUAAAUGUGAUGCGUCGAAUUAAAAUGUCCAUUUAUGUCGAAUAACAAAAAUCAAAUAAAAAAAUCAGCGGAAUAAAAUUCGACGAAAGUUCGACGUCUAAAACAGACCUAAUCGAGUUAAGGCCUAUAAUAUAGGCCAGGACAAGGUUGACAUUAAUGCAUUAUAUACAUUAAUUGGAAUUCAGUGUGCCGCGUACAUACAUAUGCAUUACUUCUCAUGCGAAUGCAGAAAUUUUAGUACAUGUUCGCGCAAUGGCCGCCUUCUGGGAAAGGAAAAGUCCAUAGAAAACAAGCGAAGCGAAAUUGCGGUUAUUAAAGUUAAAUAGUAUUACAAAUUCUGCAGAGCAAUUAAAGCUGAUUAAAGGCUGAAGCCGGAAAGUCUAAUUGAAUUGGAUAGUCACUUUCUAGGGGAUAAAGGUUAUACAGCCAGAUUAGUAACACGGAUUUGUUCUUGGACAAAUAACUUCAGAUUAUCUAAGCCUAAGGGAAAAAAUGAAUAAUUCUUGCAGCAAAUGUGUAUGAGACCACACUUGUUUCCAAUUACACUUCUCCGUCUAUUUCGUUAGGAUUGUUUCAAAGCAGAAUACAAACCCUGCGAUUUAGUAUGGAAAUCAUCUUACAUGCUUGGCGAUGUGAUUAUUAUGAAGUUUGAAGGCAGCUCCUUUAGCUUAGCCCAGAAAAUUUGGAACAAAACAAAGGGAGCCCAGUCUUGGUCAAUUUUUUUUUUAAAUUCGGACCAGAUCUUUCCAUCAUUGGCAUCAAUACAGACAUUCUGGUCUAACCGCUCUGGCCAUUAUUAAAUGGAAAGCGCUCUUAAGCCCCGUUUACACUACGCUCAAUUUUUGGUACGGCACGGAUAAAAUUGGUACCCAUACCACUUUUUUUGGUUCUUUGACUACCUAUUUAGCUGAGCCCCGUUUACACUACGCUCAAUUUUUAGUACCGUACCACUUUUUCGUUCUUGGAUCCAAGAACCAAAAAAGUGGUACGGGUGCCAAUUUUAUCCGUGCCGUACCAAAAAAUGAGCGUAGUGUAAACGGGGCUUAAAGGUAUAAUGGUAUAUCUGUAAAAAAUAGUGAAAUAUUUGUAAUAUAUGUGAUCACAACAACUCCAUAUCACUUGCCUAAUAUUGGAAUGUAGUUUAUUGGUCUUGGUUUGGGUCUUGAAAAUUGAAACGAGAUUCCUGUUUGAAAAUUGAUAAAAAAUUCACGCAUUGAUUGGGCGUAAAUAUUAUUCCAGGUGAUUAUAUCUGUGCAAAAUAUUAGCAAAGCAUUUUAGCAAUUAAAAUCGUUAAAGUAAAUUAAAUAUUUGAAAACAGUAACGUGACAUGUACUGGUAAUUUGUUAAGUGGUCUCGAGGAUCCAGGAAGAGAAUGCUAAAAUCAUAUGAAAUCUUAAUAAGCGCAUUAAGAUUAUGAAAACAAAGCAGAUGUCUGGCAUCUGCAGAGGCAAGUUUAACUUUGCGCACAAUUAGAAGGUUUGGAAUAAAUCGCGUAAACAAACAUAUUUCUCCUUGCAUAACGAAACUGAACUAAUACGAACUAUAAACAAUAUGUUAACUCUUUGAACUAACAAUAUGUUGUACAUAUUGAAUAGUUUUCCAGCCUUCGUACGAUAAAGCAGCUAUAAAAUUAAAGAAAUACGACACUUUCAAUCAAUUGUGAGUUUUUUUAUGAGAUGCAAACCUUCCGCAGCAAACUGCUAGUUGCUUCCUGCAAGGACUAGGAAAUGCAUGUACUUAAUAGCCUGUUCACAGCAGGGUGCAAGACCGUGCUAAUUUUAAUUGUACUCCUAACAUCUAUUCCUAGCCUUGCAGCCAAUCUGAGACUUUAUCGCGUUUUCCCUGCUAUACUUAUCGUUUGGAACCUUUUCUUAGCUUAUCAUCUAUAUACGUCAAGACUUACAGGGUUUAAAAUAUAAAGCAUGAUUUUGGUAGACUUUAAAUAUAGCACGAAUGAUACACAAUAUAACACCGUUUUCAUACAGCAAAGACCCGCAGGCCAACACUACAUUGUCAUUACGGUAAAGUUGACUGAAUGAGGUCAAAUGCGGUUUCUUCAAAGAAUUUAUAGCUGAAGGCUGAUUUCCAGUUAAGGCCAAGCGAUUUUCAUACCUGCGUACUAACAGGAAGUUUUAAAAAAGUAUAUUUGAAAAGUAGCUUCCUCCGCAGGCAUCUCUGGGAGUUUAGCCUGCGAAUGGGUAGUUCGAAAAAAAAAUUCUAGCGGAGGUUUUUCCAAUCCACCCGACUCCCUAGAGACGCCUGCGGAGGGGGCUAUUUGAAAAGUAUUAUGAUCGUUGUCAUCAUGGCAUGAUGUCAUCUGGUUUCCACAGCAACAUUACUAUAUGUUAUCUUGUUUAUUAAUAUUACAACAAAAUGAUGAUACAAUGUGAUGCCUUAUAAAAUUGUAUUUAUUGAAAAAAAUAUGAUUUUAUUGUAGUUUGAUAUGGCUGUUGGUUUUUAACUGGGUCAUACGGUUGCUAUAGCAACGGUACGAGAUGUAACUGGCAUGUGGGUGAAAGCUCUUUGUGUUGAAAAAAUGAUGUCCAAAAAAUGGAUAGCCCAUUUUGGUUUGCAAUUUUUUUGGCUGAAACUCAGAAGUUUAAAGUGUCAUAACUUUUGUUUCCAUAGAUCAUUUUGAUGAAACAAACACCAAAAUAUAUAUAAUAGUUUUGUUUGUGGAAACACCACGUAAAUUUACUACUGCAAAGCUUUCAAAGCUUUCCGAGCUUUCAAAGCUUUUUUAUUUGAAACACCAAAAUGUUUCAAAUAAUGAACUCUAUUCAACUAGCCUAAUUUUGAAGCCUUCAAUAAUUAAGAUGGCUUUGAUAUCGGUAAUAUCCUCAAUAGGCCUGUCACGUUUUUACACAGAUAAAAACUUAGUUCGUCGGAUAAAUGUGUGCAAACGCGGCAACAUCUCAUGUUUCGUGUGCGACUACAUUUCUCUUUGAUUCUGACCCCAGUACACAAUCCUAUAGAACUCCUAGGGAUGCGAGAGAAACGUGGGAUAUGUAACCCUGAUGCCCCAAAUCAAACUAAUGGCCCGAUUUGUACUAAUUUUGAUCCUCUUUGAAAAACUCACUCGUUGCAUGCUCUUUCCACAAAUUACACCAUACUAUCACCUAUACUACAACAAAACUAAAAUUGUACGAUUAAAUAUCACAAAAAUUAAAGGUCCGUUCAAACCUCGUCUGGCCUCGUUAGAGCGCUAUAUAUAGCACGAAUGAUAAACAAUAAAACACUUUUCAUGCCAAAGACCCGCUGGCCAACACUACAUUGUCAUUACGGUAAAGUUGACUGAAUGAGGUCAAAUGCGGUUUCUUCAAAGAAUUUAUAGCUGAAGGCUGAUUUCCAGUUAGGGCCAAGCGAUUUUCAUACGUGCGUACUCACAGGAAGUUUAAAAAAAAGAAGUUUAAAAAAAAGUAUAUUUGAAAAGUAGCUUCCUCCGCAGGCAUCUCUGGGAGUUUAGCCUGCGAAUGGGUAGUUCGAAAAAGCGGACCGAUUCCCUAGAGAUGCCUGCGGAGAAGGCUAUUUGAAAAGUGUUGUGACCGUUGUCAUCGUUAAAGUGGUAUGAUAUCAUUUGGUUUCCAUAGCAACACUGUUAUCUUGUUUAUUGAUAUUACAACAAAAUGAUGAUACAAUGUGAUGCCUUAUAAAAUUGUGUUUAUUGAAAAAAAUAUGAUUUUAUUGUAGUUUGAUAAUUAUGGUUGUUGGUUUUUAACUGGCGUCAUACGGUUGCUAUAGCAACGGUAAAGAUGUAACUGGCACGUGGGUGAAAGCUCUUUGUCUGAAACUCAGAACUUUAAAGUGUCAUAACUUUUGUUUCCAUAGAUCAUUUUGAUAAAACAAACACCAAAAUGUUUCAAAUAAUGAACUCUAUUCAACUAGCCUAAUUUUGAAGCCUUAGAUUACACAAAACUAUCACCUGUACUACUACAAAACUAAAAUUGUAUGAUUAAAUAUCACAAAAAUUAAAGGUCCGUUCAAACCUCGUUUGAGCACUAUAUAUGUGUUGGGUAAUACACUGGAAAAAAAUUAGUGAAAUUCAUACUAUGGAAUUUGCGAUUGAAUCACUAAAUCCAUAGUAUAUCCAUACUAUUUCCAUACUAUAUCCAUAGUAUAUCCAUACUAUUUCCAUACUAUAUCCAUAGUAUAUCCAUACUAUUUCCAUACUAUAUCCAUAGUAUAUCCAUACUAUUUCCAUGCUAUAUCCAUAGUAUAUCCAUACUAUUUCCAUACUAUAUCCAUAGUAUAUCCAUACUAUUUCCAUACUAUAUCCAUAGUAUAUCCAUACUAUUUCCAUACUAUAUCCAUAGUAUAUCCAUACUAUUUCCAUACUAUAUCCAUAGUAUAUCCAUACUAUUUCCAUACUAUAUCCAUAGUAUAUCCAUACUAUUUCCAUACUAUAUCCAUAGUAUAUCCAUACUAUUUCCAUACUAUAUCCAUAGUAUAUCCAUACUAUUUCCAUAGUAUAUCCAUAGUAUAUCCAUACUAUUUCCAUACUAUAUCCAUAGUAUAUCCAUACUAUUUCCAUAGUAUAUCCAUAGUAUAUCCAUGCUAUUUCCAUAGUAUAUCCAUAGUAUAUCCAUACUAUUUCCAUAGUAUAUCCAUAGUAUAUCCAUACUCUAUCCAUACUAUUUCGAUACUAGAUCCAUAGUAUAUCCAUACUAUUUCCAUACUAUAUCCAUAGUAUAUCCAUACUAUUUCCAUAGUAUAUCCAUAGUAUAUCCAUACUAUUUCCAUACUAUAUCCAUAGUAUAUCCAUACUAUUUCCAUACUAUAUCCAUAGUAUAUCCAUACUAUUUCCAUAGUAAAUCCAUAGUAUAUCCAUACUAUUUCCAUACUAUAUCCAUAGUAUAUCCAUACUAUUUCGAUACUAUAUCCAUAGUAUAUCCAUACUAUUUCCAUACUAUAUCCAUAGUAUAUCCAUACUAUAUCCAUAGUAUAUCCAUACUAUUUCCAUACUAUAUCCAUAGUAUAUCCAUACUAUUUCCAUACUAUAUCCAUUGUAUAUCCAUACUAUAUCCAUACUAUAUCCAUAGUAUAUCCAUACUAUUUCCAUACUAUAUCCAUAGUAUGGAAAUUACAAUCCGAGUAUGACAAGUGGUUUUCCAUACUAUUUUCAACUAAGAUCCAUACUAUUUCCAUAGUAAGGAUUUAGAAAAAUAAUUUCCAGUGAUAAUUUAGCUAACGUUGGAUUAGAUUUGACUUUAUGUCCCAACAUGCAUUGUGCAACAUCGUUCAACAAUGUACGUUGGAUGAUGUUGAGACUCGUUUGGAACGGGAGGGGGGGGGGACUUAAGACCCAUUUCCAGUCAGGAAAAUUUUCCGCAGAAAGAAAAUUUUGUAUAAUGUUAUUGGCCGACCCAAAUUAUCUGUCGGAGAAAAAUUUUGAAGUUGAAAAUUUUCAACUUUUAACAAUGAUAUUUUCGGAAACUUUUCUGCCCGUGGAAAUUUUUUUUAAGUGGAAUUGAGCUUCAAGACCAUAUUUUCAUAUCUGUUUAGAUAGCACUCGAAGCAAAGCAAAGGCAAUACCCAAAACUACAAAAAAGGAGCAAAUCACGACAAAGCCAAAAGCAACUCAACCACCGAAAGUGGAAAACCAAGUGGAAGUUAAGAAGAAAAAGAAAGCACGCACGACGUUCACAGGCCGACAAAUCUGGGAACUUGAAAACACUUUUAGAGAAAAGAAAUAUCUUACAUCUGCGGAAAGAAAUGAGCUGGCCGAAUUACUCAAUGUUACCGACUGUCAGGUUAAGAUUUGGUUCCAGAACAGACGCACUAAAUAUAAAAAACUCGAAGUAACUCCGACAAAUGCCGAAGAUGAAAACGGUGAAGAAUCACGAAGUAGAGCAAGUUCUCCUGGAUCUCCGGUAACAUCCGAAGGUUCAACGGCUGAUCCCGACGUCUCUCCAGGCAAAAUGUCGCCUGAGGAUUUUGGCAAAGGACAAAAGAUUUCGGUAAAAAACGAGAACAAUAAUGAGGAAAGUGUGGACGUUAGCAUGGAAGUUGAUGAUAGAGGGGCUUAAGUUUUAAUGUAGAGUUAUUCACAAGUGUUGAUUGUGUUGACGAUGCUCUAAGUAUCAGUUAAUAAACUAACAAGAAAUAAUAUGAAGUUGUCAAAACUUUGUUGUAAAUAUCUAGACAAAGAAUUGCCAUUAAAGUAAGAAUAUAGAUAUUAUGCAUAUAAAGAGUGAGUUUAACUGGAGUAUUGCUUGAUUUUUUUAAUAUGGAAACUUUUUUAAACAGUGUUUUUAUUCGUU